AUGGACAUCGAGGACCAUAAUGGAGAUAUAGGUGGAUUCGGGGAGGAGAGGGUAAAACCACGACCACUACCUGAUGAUUUGCCCAAGUCACUUGACGAUCGAAAAAAUGUAUCGGCAGAGUAUGCACCUGAGACUGAGAUGUAUGAUGCAUGGCAAGGACAAUCGCAAUUCUUAACAAAUCCUGUUCUUGCUAAACCACUCGAAUUCAAGAAUCUCUCACUCGGAACUGACGAAUUCGAAGAUGAUAUUACAAAACAAGAGAUAGGGGAGAGUGAUAAUAGACUCCUGGAAAUGUUGGCCGCUCAAGCAGCACAUCGGGAUGGCUCAGCUAGUGAGGAUGAAGAUGCUGUGGCUACUGAUGAGAAGCUUUCGCUCGAAGAGAAGAAGGAUAUAUUGCAAAAGGCUUUGAAUAUGGCAGCUAGCAAUGGAGAUGUUGAUCGCAUAGAGAGGAUUCUUCAAGGUAAAGCAAAAGACCUUAUUGAUUUGGAUGCGCCGGAUGAAGAAGGUACAGCGCCAUUAAUUUACGCAAGUUGUUUUGGUCAUGAAGCCGUUGUAACAGCACUAUUAGAUGCUGGCGCCGAUGUCGACAAACAAGAUCGAAAUCAAUGGAGUGCUUUGAUGUGGGCAAUGACAAAUCGACAUAAGGGUAUAGCGAAGGCACUUCUAGAUAGGGGCGCAUCUAGAGAUGUUAAAUCGUCAACGGGUAGAACAGCAUUCGAUUUUAUCGCUCCAGAUAGUGAAAUUGCCGAUUACCUUCAGGAUGGCGGUUAUCACAUUGGCAAUGCUGGAGUAACGGACGACUUUUAUAAUCCUGGAUUCUCCCAAGACCGAUUCGAGGAGGAAAUGGCAGAAAAUGAGAUGAGGCGGCGAAUGAUGAUGGAGAGUGCUAGAGAUUUAGAGGUUGACUUGGGUAAUAUGGGUAUUGAUGAUCAACCUGAGUCACCAGAGGAGCUAGAAGAAGAAGGACAAGAUUUUGAUUGGAGUCGAUGUUUACAUGAUCAAAUGUUCGUGUUCCAGGAAAGCGAACUUGGUCGAAUCCUGGAUAUUAUCAUCACCAACAUGUCUCCUCAACGAUCGCCAUCUCAGAAACCUGUGCCGGCGAACAUGAUUUUCCUCAGCGCCAGGUAUGCUCAUUAUCAUGCAAGUCAUGAUCUUCUUGCCAAACUCCUCAUUAGCGCAAUGGAUAAGAUUAAUGAUGUGGUUGAAACGCACCAAUGGGACAUGACGAUAUUGGCUUUCUGGAUUUCGAACGCUACAUUAUUAUUACAUUAUCUGAAGAAAGAUGCUGGGUUAUCUGAGUCAACAUCCGAAUUUCAACUUCAGCUUGCGGAAUUAAUCAAUGAGAUAUUUAUCUUGAUUAUUCGAGAUGCUGAAAGGAGAAUGGACAAAGUCCUUGAUUCUGCCAUGUUAGAACAUGAAACUAUUCCAGGAUUUGAAGACGUCACAUUUCAGAAUGAAUGGAAGCUCUUCAAAAGAAAAACGACCGUCAAAGAAGUACCGAUUGAAAAAAGAUUCCGACCACCUUCUCCAAAGGCAAGGGCUAAACCUUCACCUCGCAAUGUCACAUCUUUAUUAUCCUCGACUCUUUUUGUAUUGGAUCUCUAUGAUAUACAUUCUGUCAUUACUUCUCAAAUAUUGGCGCAACUGCUUUACUGGCUUGGAGCCGAACUUUUCAAUCGUAUCAUGUCUAAUCGAAAAUACCUAGCACGAACCAAAGCAAUGCAAAUACGUAUGAAUGUAUCUAGUUUGGAAGAAUGGGCGCGAACGAACAAUCGACAACCUGAGCAUUAUGAACAUGGUUCCAUGACUUCCAGUGGAGAAAUGACUGUUGAGGCAACGCGGCGACAUCUCGCACCUUUAGUUCAGUUGCUACAAUGGCUACAAUGUUUCUCAUCUUUGGGACAAGAUGAUCUGGAAGCGUUAGUUGGAACAUUACAACAACUCACUCGACUUACACCCCAACAACUAAUACAUUCGGUAAAACAUUAUCGAGCCGAAGUUGGAGAAAAGGAUUUACCAAAAAGUGCCAUGAACUAUUUAAUCAAUCUACAAGAAGAGCAUAGAUUAAGAAAAGAACGUCAAAAACGCAAUUCUCAAGGUCUUCGCAUGAGUGCGCCAUCUACACCAGCUAGAAAGGGAAGUAGUAAACCCUUACCUGAUACCCCUGAUUCGAACGGUCGUGGUGGAAAACCUCAAUCUCUAGAUGAUGAAUCGUUUGAGGAAGAUGACGGUGCACCCGAACAUCUUCUUCUAGAUCCAGCCCUUAUGCUUCCAUUUUCGUUACCCUCGAGUACGGAUAUGUUGAUUAGUUAUGGAGCGGGAUUUGGAGGGGUGAAUAGAGAGAGAGAGAGAAAAUAUAUACCCACUGUUCCUCCGGAGUUUUUGGCAAAGUUGGAUUUGAGUGGAGGAAGAGCACAUUCAACGUAUCAUGAGAGAGAUUGGGAGAAUGAGGAGCUUUGA